AUGACAAGUCAAAAUAGGAAUUAUAAGACAUGGACAAACAAUGAAGAAGCAAAGCUAGUUAAGGAGUUAGUGAAUAUGACAAAUGUUGGAGGAUUUAAAGCGGAUAAUGGUUUUAAGUCGGGUUACUUGCAACAUCUUGAGCAAGCAUUAAAACAAUCACUUCCGAACUCGGGUAUUUUAGGUACGCCACAUAUUGAGUCAAAGAUAAAAAUCAUGAAGAGAGAUUGGCAAUGUGUCAACGAUAUGGUAAACGGUUCAAACACAAGUGAGUUUGGUUAUGAUUCUGAAAAACAUUGUGUUACUCCUGAGGAUCUGGUUUGGGAGGCGUACCUACCGGUACAUCAUGUUAUGACAUUUGUAUUUUUAUAG